AUCAAGCACCUAGGCAUGCAGACUGCUUCUACAAACAUUUGUGAAAGAAUGGGUCAAUCUCAGGAGGUCAAUGAAUUCAAGCGUGGGUUGCCACCUGUGUAAUAAGUCCAUCCUUGAAUUUUCCUUGCUACUAAAUAUUCCACAGUCAACUGUUAGUGAUAUUAUAACAAAGUGGAAGCAACUGGGAACAACAACAACAACUCAGCCACGAAAUGGUAGGCCACGUAAAAUGACAGAGCAUGGUCAGCGCAUGCUGAUGUGCACAGUGCGCAGCAGAAGUCACCAACUGUCUGCAGAAUUAAUAUCUAAAGACCUCCAAACUUCAUGUGGCCUUCAGAUUAGCACAACAACAGUGCAUAGAAAGCUUUAUGGAAUGGGUUUCCAUGGUCGAGCAGCUGCAUCCAAGUCUUACAUCAUCAAGUGCAAUGCAAAGUGUGUAAAGCACGCCGCUACUGGACUCUAGAGCAGUGGAGACGAGAAUGGUACUUGCCUGACUGCGUUGUGCCAAGUGUAAAGUAU